CCCCUCCCGUCUCCAUGGCGGCGCCUUAAACAGGCGGCGGCGGCUGCUCUCCCCCUCCUCAGAGCGCGGCGCCGGGAGCCUCAUGGCUGGGAGCACUGAGAUGGCAUCCCUGGAAGAGAGCUUCCGCAAGUUCGCCAUCUACGGCGACACCAAGGCUACAGGGCAAGAAAUGAAUGGGAAGAACUGGGCCAAGCUGUGCAAAGACUGCAAAGUCACUGACGGCAAGAGCGUCACCAGCACUGAUGUGGACAUUGUCUUCUCCAAGGUGAAAGGGAAGACAGCCCGUGUCAUCAACUAUGAGGAGUUCAAGAAGGCGCUGGAGGAGCUGGCCCCCAAGAGGUUUAAGGACAAGAGCAAAGAGGAGGCAUACGAAGCCAUCUGCCAGCUGGUGGCAGGGAAGGAGCCCAUCAAUGUGGGUGUCACGAAAGCCAAGACGGUGGGGGCUGUGGAGAGGCUGACAGACACCUCCAAGUACACAGGGUCUCACAAAGAGCGCUUUGACGAGAGUGGCAAAGGCAAGGGCAAGAGCGGGCGGGAGAACAUUGUGGAUACCAGUGGCUACGUCAGUGCCUACAAGAAUGCAGGCACCUAUGACUCCAAAGUGAAAAAGUAGGGAUGGGAGCCCAUGGCACCCACCGCCGUGGCCCCUGUGCGUUGGCCAUGGGGCUUGUGUCAGUCUUGGGGCAUCCCCAUGUAAUGUGGGACCCCGGAGACUGCACUGGAGCCAGCCCCAGGCUCUCAGGAUGUUGACUGCCCAGCGCUGAUGGGGCUGGGAAUGCUGCCGGGCCAUGUGCUCUGCUCCAGCACUGUCUGUCUCCCCACUAUGCUGUGACACCCCUCAGCCCUUCUUGUGUCCCCCUCCGUGCUAUCACCUCCACCCCCCUGCCACACUAACAGCACUGCUCCUCAGGGCCCUCCUGCCCUGCUGGCACCUCCCCUACCUCAGCCCCAGCUUCUGGGGUACCCUCCCUGCUAAUCCCACCAGGCACCACAGCCCAUCUUCCCUACAGACCUCCUGAAGACCUGCCCUAGCCCCACAGCGCAACCACCUCCUUCCUUCUGCACCGGUGACCUCACCAUGGGGCUGCACCAGCUAUGCCUGUCACCCAACACUGUUAGUGCCAGUGCUGCUGGGAUGAUCCUAGCCCAGCCUCAGGAUGCAUCCCAGGAGAGCUUGGUGUUGCCUGGCUGUCAGCAAAGGUCUCCGAUGUGAACCCCCCUCCAUGGCAUCCUGCUGCCUUUGUGAAGUCCAGACCAAAGGAUGCUGCAGCCUCACUCUGUA